AUGUUGCCGCUGCUGCUCCUGUUGGCCUUCCCUCUGCUCUCCAGGACCCUCAUAGUGAUCAAAGGGGGCACAGAAGCCAGACCACACUCUCGGCCCUACAUGGCAGGAGUAAAGAUUUCUAAUGACAGCGUUCACUGGGAGUUCUGCGGGGGUUUUCUGGUGCGAGAAGAUUUUGUGAUGACAGCAGCUCAUUGUAACGGAAGGAUUAUGACUGUCAUCGUAGGAGCUCAUGAUGCCACAAUACAUAAACCCACUACACAGUUCAUUCCUGUGCUUCAGAGCUUUCCUCAUCCAGAGUUUAAUGGUGAUACAUUCCACAAUGACAUCAUGUUACUGAAGCUGAAAAACAAGGCAAAACUGAAUAUAGCUGUGAAGCCCAUUGCCCUACCACAGAGUAAGGACCUGGUGAAGGCAAAGCAGGUAUGCAGCGUGGCAGGCUGGGGAGAUUUUGAUAAUGGCAAGUUUUCAAAAAUACUGCGUGAAGCAGACCUGGAAGUGCAGGAAAAUAAGUUAUGCAGCCGAAUCUACUUACACUACAAUGAUGCCAUUCAGCUGUGUGUGGGGAACCCUCGGCAUCCACAGACUACAAGAAAGGGUGACUCAGGGGGACCCUUGGUGUGUAACGGUGUGGCCCAGGGUAUUAUCAGCUAUGGAUACAAUAUAACUUCAAUGGGUGUCUACACCAGAAUCACCAGCUUUGUCCCCUGGAUCGCCAGAGUAAUGAAUGCACCCUGA